AUGAAGGACGCUGCUGGGUAUCCCGCGAACGGUUUCCAUAGGGCGCAGCGUCGCGGCCCCUAUGGCUCCUCCGAGCUCCUCAACGAGUCGACCAAACAGGAGGACUUCAACCCCAUCUCCAGCUCGCGGGAAAUGCGAAAAAUAAUGUACUACGAGCACAUGUUCUCGAAGCUGGACAGCCAGGACAAAUCGAAGAAGGGCUCGAGCAACAGCGCACACUCCUCGUCCGGGAGCUCCUUGGAGCACCGGAACAGGGACGAGGGCGAUGUUUCCACGUCUACAAAAAGCACGUCUAAGGGGUCGAAGAGCGGAUCAUCGAAGAAGCCGACAACUCAGCCCGCAGCUGCUGCUGCGGACCACGGACACGGAAUGUACACCCCUCAGAGAACUGAAAGAGCUGAGAAGACCACGAAGGCAGAAGAUGGCGGCUCUGUAUCCCACCAAAUACCUCUAGAACAGCCUGUAAAGCAGCAGGCCACGAUCGCAAAGCGGGAAGCUAUAUCCAUAAAAAUAAAAACACAAGCCUACCGAGGGCCGGGAGCUCAUCGCUCGCCAAUCUCGGAGAGUGGAUCCAAGCAAGAGUUCGGCCGUAAGAUGUCCGGAUCUAGCGAAUCCAGCGGCAGCAUGUCGCGCAGCCCUUUGUAUGGGCGGGAGGAUGGCUCUUCCCAAUCUCUGUCACCGUCCAUUAACAGCAUGACAGACAUCGCAGGGACCAAAAUAUCAAGGCUGCUCGGAAUCGACCAGAUUGCCAACAGCUCCACGGGUCUAUCGGCUUCCCAGCGACAGUGGCUGGUUCCCACGUUUGACUUACGCCAAAGCGUUGUGAAGGACACCGACCGGAAGAGCCACUCCACCGGUUUCGACUCUGAAACGCGUGCGACAUCCUCCGUCGAAAGCUCCACGGACGGCGAAUCGUCGAAGAAGGGCAGCGGUGAGCCGUUGAUUACGAACGGCAGCUCUAUUAGCCGCCGCGACUCAUCGGAUAUUAAGAUACCGCGGAUGUCAUACCAUAGUGAAACCUAUGCAACUCAGGCUAAGUUAAGCGAUGAGUCUAGGCUGCUACGAGUCAGCCGUUUCUCCGCGCCGCUGGUACAGGUUAAUUCACACGUCGCCGAAGAUGCCAAGAUAUCGAGAGCAAAAUCGGAACUCACCAAGGAUAUUCUACCGUCGGUCGGCGCGGAGCUAAAACGCGACUCCUUUGAGGCGGCGGUCCCGGGCGGACUUGACUUCUCACUUACGCCCGUGUACCGCCACAGAGAGUAUCGCUUGCCAUCGGCAUUCCAAAUAAAGGCGGUGAUACCGUCGGAUACUGUUUCGGAGCGUAGCGGUGCCCAGUCCCCCACAGCGGUCUCCCCCAGCAGCUCAAAUGUUGACAAAAGCGUCACUGCGGGGCCAGUUAAGGCAGAACGGCAACGGGAGAAUGCCGCAGGCAAAGGCAAAUCGCGCGAAUCGCCUAAGGUGGUAAAGGAGGUAUCGCCAAAAGUUAAGCAGGAACCCGCUUAUCAGCAUGUACAACAGGACUAUCAGCUAGGCGCCGGUCAAAUGGAUAUUAUACUCAACGAGGAGGACAUGGAGAUCGACGCCGUGGUCAAGGACGUUGUGAUGGACGACGAGCCGGUGUCCAAGGGAAAUGGGGACGAGGGUUACGUCCCGGAAGACCCUCUACCGGUUGUCGAAGAUACAUCGAACAAGAAAACCACCACCAAGAAGAAGACCAAGAAGAGAAAAGCCCCAACUCCGGCGGCGACACCAGCGGCGUCAACGCCGUUGAGUGACGCAGCACCUGCUUCGGAAGCCGUGACGCCUGAAAGCGCCGUUGCCGAGGACGUCUACCCGGAGCCCCCGCCAGUCCCCAAGGCCACACGGACUCGUACGUCCACCAGAACCACGGUAAAGCGGAAGAAGGGCGCUGCUGCCGCACAAGUACAGGAACCGGACCCGCAGCCUCAGCCGCAGCCGGUGGCUAAAACCCCAAGGGGCGGCGCAAGGUCAUCGAGUCGGGCGGCGUCCGGCGGCUCCAGGAGAAACGCUUCGGAACCAGCUGGCUCCAAAUCGCAACGCCAUGCAGGCGGCGAAUCGGGGGGCAGCGGCGCGGCCGAAAGAUCGCAGAAAUCAGCCUAUGCAGUGUCGCGCAUAGUCAGCGUCGCGGAGGCUGAGAAGAUCAUGGAGCUGUACCGACAGCACAACACAGAUCUGGAGAGACUCAAGAGGCUUCUGCUCGACGGCGACCUUGCCGGAUUCGGAAGGGUCAUAGCCGAGCAAGCGGAUGCCGGGCCGCCGGAGCGGAGGUGCCUUCUGCACCCCAGGCUCAUCGUGGCGCGGCCGUCAGACCCUGUGCCCGUACCCCCUCGGGAGCAGCCGCCACAAAAUCCGGUUGAGUUAUCGCUAAAAUACAGGCUACUGUCUAGGCUCAUGAAUAAGUGA